AUGACUCCAGAAAAUAUAAUGAAUGGGUUCAGAGGUACAGGCAUCUAUCCUUUUAAUAAAAACAUUUUUACGGAUGGUGAUUUUUUAUCGUCGUCUGUUACCGACAGGGAACAAAUUGACUCAGAUAAUCUGGGCACAAAAAAAGCAAUAGUUGAAAUACGAGAUGACACCCGUGGAAACGAAGCUUCACCUGACCGUCAAGACAACCCUUCACGUUCAAAUGUUGCCUUUACGUCCAGCGCUGGUUCAUCUGGUACAAUUCAAACUUUGGAUCGCAAAGUAGAUGAGGAAGAGGAAAACUCAAUUUUUGAAACUGAAUCUGUUGGUUUAUAUGGUAACAAACAAACAGAAAUAAAUGAAUUAGCUGUGAAUAAGAAAAACUUAUCUGUAUUGAAAGGUCAUUUUGUUACUCCAUUUGAGCUGCGAGGAUUUCCAAAAGCUGCACCUAGAAAGAAUUUAAAUAGGAAACGAAAAACAAAGAAGAGCAUUAUUUCAACUAGCACACCAGAAAUGAGAGAUCUUUCUUAUAAAACAGAAGAAAGGAAACCCCAAACACGACUGCAGUUGAGAAGGUGA